AUGUCAUCCUUCACAAACCCCUUUGGGCCCUUUGGCGGCGACGCCUCGACCCCUCCCGACGGCUACCCGGCACAGUACAACUUCAACCGCCGCACCUCCGUGUCGGCCGAGUCGCUGAAGCCCGCCGGCGACGCGAACGACAACUGGACGCCCCCGUCCUAUCCCAAGUCCCAAGAGCAGCUUGAUAGGCUCAGGCGCGCCAUUGGCGGCAACUUCCUCUUCAACCACCUAGACGACGAGCAGAACGCCCAGAUCCUCGGCGCCCUGCAAGAGAAGCCCAUCCCGGCGAAGUCUAUCAAGGUCAUCACCCAGGGCGAUGCCGGCGACUACUUCUACAUCGUCGAGAAGGGCGCCUUCGACGUCUACGUCAACGACAGCGGCGCCCUGCAACCGGGCAUGGACGGCAUGGGCAACAAGGUGGGCACGAUCCAGGCGGGCGGGGCCUUCGGCGAGCUGGCGCUCAUGUACAACGCCCCGCGGGCCGCGACGGUCAUCUCGACGGAACCGGGCUGCACGCUGUGGGCGCUCGACCGCGUGACCUUCCGCCGCAUCCUGAUGGAGUCGACCUUCGCGCGCCGCCGCCUGUACGAGAGCUUCCUCGAGGAGGUGCCGCUGCUGUCGACGCUGACGCCCUACGAGCGCUCCAAGAUCGCCGACGCCCUCGAGACCCUCAAGUUCCCCGCCGGUCACACCGUCAUCCGCCAGGGCGACAUCGGCGAGUCCUUCUACCUGCUCGAGAGCGGCCAGGCCGACGCCUUUAUAGACGGCAAGGACCAGUCGGUCAAGCACUACGAGAAGGGCGACUUCUUCGGCGAGCUCGCGCUCCUGAAUGACGCCCCGCGCGCUGCGAGCGUCGUCAGCGCCACGGAGGUCAAGGUGGCCACGCUGGGCAAGAGUGCGUUUCAGCGGCUGCUCGGUCCCGUCGAGGGUAUCAUGAGAAGGACCAGAUACGAGGGCGUCAAGUCGGGGGUUGAAGACGUCGAUCCCCUGGGUUGA